ACUUUUUUCUUUCUUUCAGGUGGCUUGUUAUUGCAGUUGGUCUAGUUCGAGCAUACCUGGCUAAAGGUAGUUACCAUAGCCUUUACUAUUCAAUAGAAAAGCCCCUGAAAUUCUUCCAGACUGGAGCUUUGCUUGAGAUUCUGCACUGUGCAUUUGGCAUUGUUCCCUCUUCUGUUGUUCUGACUGCUUUCCAAGUGAUGUCAAGGGUUUUCCUGACGUGGGCAGUAACACAUAGUGUAAAAGAGGUACAAACUGAAGAUAGCGUCCUGUUGUUUGUGGUGGCCUGGACAAUCACUGAGAUAAUCCGUUAUUCUUUUUAUACGUUUAGCUUGUUAAACCAUCUCCCUUAUCUCAUCAAAUGGGCCAGGUACACUUUGUUUAUAGUAUUGUAUCCAAUGGGAGUCUCGGGCGAAUUACUCACAAUAUAUGCUGCAUUACCCUUCGUCAGGCAGUCUGGCUUGUAUUCCAUUAGUUUACCUAACAAGUACAAUUUUUCUUUUGACUACUAUACAUUCCUGAUCCUGGUUAUGAUCUCUUACAUUCCAAUCUUUCCUCAGCUGUAUUUUCAUAUGCUACAUCAGAGGCGAAAGGUACUCUCCCACACUGAAGAACACAAGAAGUCAGAAUAAUCCCAGCUCUUUUUCAGAACUUUUCAAACAUCAAAAUGCUGCAGAUUUUCAAUACCCAGCACAUUUAUAAAGAAUAUACCAGGAUAAAAUAAGUCAGAGGUAAAAGACCAAUAAUUUAGCAAGAAUAACCAAUAAAUCUGAUUUUGCUGAAAUUUCACAAUGUAAAACAUUGAAAUAAUGUUCAGCUUGCAGUGCUUCAGAAAACUUCUAAACUUUAUAUGGCUUGGCAGUUAGCCUUUUCCUUAAACGAUGUGCUAAAUGGUUUUCAUUUAUUACUAAAUGCCUGAAGACUGCAGUAUGAGUGAUGAAGUUGUACCCACUAAAUGCUUGAAUUUGGAUUAUAUUACUGAUACCUCUCUUUUUUAAGUGCUUGACUGCAUGCCAGAAACUGUAUGUAUUGCUGUGAAAGCAAACAAUAUGCUCUGGAAUACUUUAGGAUUUUGUCAGAGACUCCAGUGGACAAUGUAAUCCAGGCAAAGUGUUUGAAUUUAGAAAGGUAGGUGUGUAUUUAAAAGAUGAUGGGAACAAGAGCAGGAAACCAAUUACGGGAAAUGAGGGGAAUGUGGUUCUUUAGGAAUUUAAACAGUAGGGUGUCUGACCAUAGUAUGUUCUCUGAAGAUCUUGUUUAAGCUGAUUAUUCAAAUGCUAAUGUUAAUUCAGAGGCUGUAAUGCUUAUCUGAAACAUUUAAAACUUUAAAGUACUGCAUCUCUGGAUACUUUUUUAAAUAU